AUGAGGGAGAGAUUGAAGGGAGGAAGGGGGAGCAGAGCGGAGCUGCCGGGCAGGGUAGAGAGGGCACAGCAACUUCUGCAGAGCCGGGGACACGGAUUACUCAGUGGACUAAAUCCAAACAAAAUGCCUGAAUGAGAACCAGGAGGAGGGAGGCCCUGCCUGGAUCUUCAGUGUGGCACUGGUUGUGGUGUCCCCUCUGUCUCCUGCACUCCAACCAGGCUGAUAGACGGAGCUGUGGCUAGCAACAAGACAGGCGAUGGAGGUGCCGCUUGUUAAUUUUGAAAACAUGGAUGAUGUUGGUAUCAACCUCGGGGACCCAAGUGACUCUGGGUACCCGACUUCGCCCCCCUCAGAGGCCCCCGAUCAGAAUCUUUUAACCCAUCGUCUGAGUUCUCCUCACCAGUCGCCACACAGGGGUCGACGUGGGCAUUCGUCCGGCCAGGAAGGGUUGUCACCGUCCACUCCCCCGACUCUGACCACCAAAGCAAACUCAAGCAGUGGCAGUUUGAUCUCUAAUCUGAAGCUCCUGAUCAACAGUGAGUCUCCCACUGACAGCGUCUUCAGUAAGAUGGCGAAGGAUUGCUACGAGAAUGAAGAUUUGUUUGAAAAGCACUGCUUUGAAGAAAAAGACGAGAAAGUUGUCAUCAAUAUUUCGGGCCUGAUGUUCGAGACCCAGCUCAGCACCCUGAAUAAGUUCCCAGAGACGCUGCUCGGAGACCCCUUGAAGAGGAUAAGCUACUUCGAUCCGAUGAAAAAUGAGUACUUCUUUGACAGAAACCGCCCGUCUUUUGAUGGCAUUCUGUACUACUAUCAGUCAGGAGGGAGAAUCCGCAGACCGGCCAACGUUCCCUUAGAUGUUUUUGCUAAUGAAAUUGUUUUCUAUGAGUUGGGUCAUGAAGCGAUGGAGCAGUUCCGCGAAGACGAAGGGUUUAUUAAAGAGCCGGAUGUCCUUUUGCCCACCAACGAACUCCAACGACAAUUCUGGCUCCUGUUUGAAUACCCAGAAAGCUCCAGCGCAGCUAGAUCUGUCGCGCUGGUUUCUGUGUUUGUCAUCGUCAUUUCCAUUGUCAUCUUCUGCUUAGAGACUCUGCCAGAGUUCAGAGAUGACAAGGACUUUCCCCCGGGUUUAACCCAACUCAUCAACGGGACCCAAGAUGGUUCUGCCCCUCAUCCCGCCACAAAAGAUGUGCUGGCGUACUUAACAGACCCCUUUUUCAUUGUGGAGACUAUUUGCAUCAUUUGGUUCUGCUUUGAAGUCGGUGUCCGUUUUGUGGUGUGCCCCAGCAAAAGUGAUUUCUUCAAUAACAUCAUGAACAUCAUUGACAUAGUCUCUAUUAUUCCCUACUUUGUAACUCUUGGAACAGAGCUGGCUACGACCCCUGAUGAAGACAUGAACUCCAGUCAGAACAUGUCCCUGGCAAUCCUAAGAAUUAUCCGUCUGGUGAGAGUUUUCAGAAUUUUUAAGCUCUCCCGACACUCAAAAGGGCUCCAGAUCUUGGGGCAGACCUUGAAAGCCAGUAUGAGGGAACUUGGGCUGCUCAUCUUCUUCCUUUUUAUAGGAGUCAUCUUAUUCUCAAGUGCCAUCUACUUUGCAGAAGUGGAUGAGCCCCAGACGCAGUUUGUCAGCAUCCCCGACGGCUUCUGGUGGGCUGUGGUGACAAUGACCACUGUGGGAUACGGAGACAUGUGCCCCAUCACGAUGGGAGGCAAAAUGGUCGGCACCCUCUGUGCCAUUGCUGGUGUCCUGACCAUCGCCUUGCCCGUCCCUGUCAUCGUCUCCAACUUUAACUAUUUUUACCACCGUGAGACUGAGCAGGAGGAGAAGCAUAUUAUGGAUGCAGCGGCGGAGGCUGCCCAGAAAAUGUCAGCUGCAAACAAGUAUGGAAGCACACCCUCACUAAACAAAAGUAAUGGCACCUGGCAGAAUGAGAAAAAUGGCACACACUGUUAGAGGAAGUAUUUAUACACAUACAGGGGCGUGAAAAACACAUGGACUAAUCAAACAUAUCCAGUAGUGAGAUGCACUGUGGUGAUAUCAGUUUCUUUCUCACUGUUUUGUACUCCAAACAUGACAGCAUUUUGUGCAUAUA